AUGGCCAAAUUUGAGGAUACUCCCUCCUCUACCGACGCAAACGGCGUCUAUCAACCCGCCAUUACUUCGUCUGUCAACGCUCCACAACCUGUCGUAAGACAGUCAGUGAACGGAUCCUCCCUGGAAAAUGCCCUAACCUGUUCCGCUGCGUCUAUGGUCGACUGGGAGUCUGACUGUCAACUAAGCCCCACAUCGGCCACCUAUGGACUUUAUACUCUGGCCACGUUGUCGGUUAGACAGGCAGCUGAAUUUGCCGAAAAGUCUGCCCAGAAGAAGAGCCCUGCUCCAGAGAUGUCAGUCGUCUCCACAGCCAACACUUUCACCGCGGACUGGGCAGAUGGUCCAAACGCGCGUCUGUUUGAGGGCUCCAACAUCGUUGGCGUCGAGAGGAUACCCCUCUCAAUCUCCCCCAAUGCUCCAAUCGAUCAGACUCCCAAGCCGCAAGGACCCCCUGUCCUCCCCGUUGUCAGAGGCCGAAAUAGACGCCUUCUACCAAGAAAAUUCAACAAGUGUGCAGUUAUUGAGCCAGCCUCUAGUCAGCCGGCCGUUACAGCCCCCGAG